GACGGCACUGACAGCGGCCGUUUGACAUUUACGCCCGCGAGCUUCUACCCUACCCGUUUCCGCUGAACAGCGACAGUGCUCUCUAUACCAUAAUCGGAGAGUGUUCCGUCUGCUUCCGUCGACUAAUUGAUUAGCUGUAAUGGCUAUAGUGUAUAUAUGGUGAUCGAAUUAUAUUAUAAGUCAAUACAUAAUCACAGUGCAAAUUCGAGAUACGCGAAGGCGCGUAAAGAAAAUAAACAAAUAUGGUUCAACAAUAUCAGUCGCCUGUACGAGUUUACAAGCAUCCGUUCGCUCUUGUCAUGAUGGCAUACGAGCGUAGAUUUCCAACAUGUCCACAGAUACCAGUUUUUGUCGGAUGUGAAAUUAUGUUAGAUGAAGAAAGCGAGGACGGUGCUGUUAGAACUACAGAAAGACGAUGUAAAUUAAAUGUCGAUGCACCUUAUAUCUUAAAAAAGAUAAUUGGUGUAGAUUUUGUAUACUUCAUUCAAAGGAAUGUUUUAGAUAGACGCAAUAAUGUUUUAGAAAUAGAAGCAUACAACGAAAGUUUUGCCACUAGAGUAACAGUUAUUGAAAAAUGUAGAUAUUUUAUUCAUCCUGAAAAUUCAGAAUGGACUUGUUUUGAACAAACAGCAAGUUUAGAUAUUAAAAAUUUUUUUGGUUUUGAAAACUCAAUGGAAAAAUUAGCAAUGAAGCAAUAUGCUCAAAAUAUUGCUAAGGGUAAAGAAAUUAUCGAAUACUUCAUAAAUGAAAUGAAAGAAGAAGGCAUUACUUAUGUUCCUCCUUGGAAAGAUCCACAAGAAGGAUCUUCUGAAGAAGAAAAGAAAAAUGUGGUCGAAAAUAAUGAGUUAUAUAGUGACAAAGAGUUAUGUAAUGUCGACAGUAAACUACCCAGCAACAGAGAAAUGCAACUAUCUUCGGAUUAUAUAGAGAGAUAUUUAGGAAAAUUAGAUAUGAUGCAGGAAAGCAAAUUAGUGCAACUUAGACAUAGUAUAGAGGAACUGAGGGGAAGCUCGGUACCAGGUUAUGCAACGCUCCUACGGUUUCUGAGGGCUACUGAAUUUUCGGUUGAAAAAGCUAGAGAAAUGUUAACACAGUCUUUACAUUGGAGAAAAAAGCAUCAAAUCGAUAAACUCCUCGAUGAAUAUGAAACGCCACAAGUAGUUAAAGAUUACUUUCCUGGUGGCUGGCAUCACUUUGAUAAAGAUGAACGACCUUUAUAUAUUUUAAGACUGGGUCAAAUGGAUGUCAAAGGUCUACUUAAAUCGAUUGGGGAAGAUGAAUUGUUAUUACUAGCGUUACAUAUCUGUGAAGAAGGUUUACACUUGAUGGAAGAAGCUACUACUGUUUGGGGACAUCCAGUUUUGCAAUGGACUUUGUUGAUAGAUUUGGAAGGUUUAAAUAUGCGACAUUUAUGGAGACCUGGCAUAAAAGCAUUAUUAAGAAUAAUAGAAAUAGUCGAGGCAAAUUAUCCAGAGACAAUGGGAAGAGUUUUAAUCAUACGUGCUCCCAGAUGCUUUCCUAUUUUAUGGACACUUAUCAGUACAUUUAUUAACGAAAAUACUAGGAAAAAGUUUAUCUUUUAUUGUGGUUCAGACUAUCAGGAACAGGGUUCUGGAGGUCUUAGUGAAUACAUUAAUCAAGAAUUUAUUCCUGAAUUUCUUGGUGGUUCUUCAGAGGAAAUGAAUAUAUGCGAAGUCUAUAGUAUGGUACCUCGAAGAUUUUACAUUUUCGACACAACUGCAAACAGCACAUACAUAAUGGAAGGUGGGGUGGUCCCGAAAAAUUUAUACAAAGUAGACUUGGAGGGUACCUCUGGUGAACAUGAACAUAGCUUAUACCACUCCAUCAGUUUGAGCCGUGGCCAAACACAUCGUGUGUUCAUAGAAUCAGAUGAUCCAGGUGCUGUUUUGACAUGGGAUUUUGAUGUAAUGCGGCAUAAUGUUAUAUUCACAGUACUUCACAAGUCAAGAAAUAGCGAAAAUGGUGCUGUUGCAGAAAUCUCAGAACUUGCAAUAAGUGGUGAUCAUGAAGUCAUUGUUGCAAAAGAAUUGAAAGAUAAUUAUGUUAAAGUCGAGCCUAGUAUAGUUUGUCAUGAUGGUGAAAGCAUCCAAGGAACGCAUAUCAUGCAAGAUACAGGUAUUUACAUACUACAGUGGCAUAAUCAAGAAGACCAAGCCGAAUUUCUUCCAUCUAUUAGUUCUCAUAAGGCUCAACUUAUGUAUUUUUAUGAAACAUUGCCAUCUGCACAUUACAGGGGUUCAAUGAUGAGUUUGCAGUCUGCUAUAAGUGGAAGAUCAGAGGCUAGUUCAUCAUUAUCUAGAUGAAAAGCGAUGGAAGUGAAUGCUGAAUUGCAAGAGACAUGAAAUCAUUUUAGUUUUAAUGUGUUAAUAAUAUAUCCCAUAGAACAAUGUUGAUACAAACUUCUGUGCUGGGAUGUUAUAAAAAUGCGAAUGUUUCAUUUGUGUUUAAGGAAGCUAAAAAAUACAAUUUAAAUUUCAAUUAAUCUGAUAUUUUAAUCUGAUAUUUUAAUUUUCUUUGACGCAAUUGCUUAUAUAUAUACAUCACCAAUUCAACUCUGAAGCCUAAAAUACUCACGUUGACAAUUACAAAGCCAAUGACAAAUUAUAGUUGUUGAACAGUAAUACAAUAUAUAAUAAUGUUAUCUACUUAAACUUUAUU